GCAACGAUCGGCCAGAGGAGAGGAGGGGAAAGGAAUUGACAGGGAAGUGGCUAACGUAGUGAACGAAUUCAAGGCAACUAGUGCCUGGCUGCAUGUAAACAUUGUUCAUGCUCGAUUGUUUUACAUCUUGUAGCUUCCGUUCACCACUAUGACAACGGAACAAAGAUUCAACGCGGCUGUUGAGGUGAUCCGUGGUCUACCAAAGAAUGGAUCAUUUCAGCCUUCACACGAACUUCAGCUCAAGUUCUAUGCCUACUACAAGCAAGCAACACUAGGAUCCGUAGCAGAAUGCAAAGUACCCAAGCCGAGAUUCUGGGACAUCGUAGGCAAUGCAAAAUGGGAUGCUUGGAUGAAACUUGGCGACAUGUCAAAACAAGAGGCCAUGGAAAAAUAUGUAGAGGAACUUGUCAAGGUUGUUAAAAAGUGUCAAGAAAAUGCCACAGAGGAGCAGAUCGUCGAGGCAAUGUCAUACACUGACCAUGUGGCCAAGUUUGUGGAUCUUCUUGGCCCCUUGUUUGACUCUGUGCCACCUCAGAUGGCUGCUUUAUUGCCACAGGCCAAAGUGAAUGGUAAUCGGGAUUCUGAAGAUGACAUAGAGACAAUCGAAGCUCCAGAGCAGGAGCAGCCAUUGUACUCUAAGGCAGACAAAAAACAGAGUGAAGAGAAACCUGAACGUAAAGCAGCAGCAGGAGGACUGAAUGGCCAUGGAUCUGACUUCGAGAGUGAUGAGGAGGAAUUUUCAGACACCUAUGACCACAUGGGAGACGAGGAUGAGAGUGGAUCACCCGAGCCACGGGAGCAAGAGGCCUCUGGCAUGGUGGCUACUGCAGUGAACGAGGCCCUCAUGAACGGCUCAGACCGGGUCUUGGUGCAAGACAGCAAGAGCCAGCUUUGGGCUUUCUACCCAGAUGGGUCCAAAAAAUCCAAUGGGGAGCUGGCCUUUGUGCGGGGAGGUGGCGACGACAACCCUCACAGGGGUGCACCGCUGCCCAGGUCUGGGCCUGGGGCUGGACGCCUACCCCGAUCGCAUCGUCGUCGAGAAGCAGAUGGUGGAGCCGAGGGGCCUGCGUGGCCUACGCGGUCAGCGGGGCGAUUGCCUGGUGCGACAGGUGGCAUGGGCAGCGGUGGCAGCAGCGGUGGCCGGCCCCAGCUCGCCCUGGAAGUGAGCGAGCAGCUUGCAGUGGCUGUGCUACGGCUGCAGCAAACCAUGGACGAGGUAGUGGCACGCCUCGAGGUGCUCGAGACCCUACUGCAGCAUGCCAAGGCACCACAGAGCCAGCGCUGGUGGCUCUUUGGAGGUGUUGCACCACACGUCCUGGUGCUCUUGUUUGCCUGGCCUGUGGUUUUUCAGCUUGCCUUCUACAUCUUCAGCCAUCGGAGACGCAGACAUCUUAGAUGAAUGCUGCAUUUGAAGCCUAAAUGGGUGCAACACUCAUAAACAAAAGAGAUUGGCAUUCCUUUCACACAAAAGGCCGACUCUUUAAUUAAUGUUCCAGAUUCUGGUGCAGUUUUCAUGUGCACUGGUUAUAGUAGGUUUGUUCUUUUAUAUCUUGUGCUGCUAGUAUUUGCAUGGCCACAGCCAGUGAAGCGUCCAAUGUACAGCUGUUUGCGGCAGGAAUCAUUGCGUGCAGAUGUUGCUGCUGGUGCAUAAGGCAAGAGGCUUAUGAAACUGAAAAAACAAUUGCGUUUCGGCGUUUCUUACCUUUUAAAUGCAUUAUAGUAUUUCUGUUGCAUUGCCCACAAGUAUGCGAAAGCACCGCUGCUUCUUCCUGUUGUCAGCACAAUGUCUAUUCUGCAAUUUGUAGUUGUUAAGAGUGGCGUUGGAGCAGCAUCAUUUAAUGUGUCCGCUGCAAUUGAUUGUGCUUUUCCAUCGAAGACGAUCUUUGAGGUUUUUUUUUUUCUCUUUUUUUAAUGCCUGCAAAUUGACUUGGAAGAAGUUGGACGUACUGUUGAGGGACAUAGCACUUGAAGCAUUAUCAUGUGAAAAUGAUUAUGUAAUAUACAAGCUCCACAAAUGCCUGCACAUAUUUUAGAGACUGUUGUUACAAGAAAAUUUGUUUGUUGUUAUGGCAUUAAUGACUCAAGAAGCCACAAAAUCCAGAAGCAACAAAGAAUUUUAGUUGCCUUUAGGUGCUAUCUUAAUUAAUGCAUCACCCUUGGUUCUAUGAGUAUGUGCAAUAUGUAAAUGACUUGUCUCUAUGCUGUAAGCAUUAAGUUUUUGUAUACACUGUACAUUUUCUUGUCAUUAUGAGCAGGCAUUCUGAAAUGUAAUUUUGUUAGUAAUUAAGGAAAGUUAUUGUUCGUUGUGCUUUUCCUCUACUGGUUUGUGCAAAGUAUUAGCUGAGAAGUGGUACAGAAUCUCAUUUCAAAGGGACAUCAAAGCCAGACAUUAGUCAAGCUAUAUUGGUAGAUUAGCGUUUGAAUAUAUAUUAAGUGUGUCAUUGUCAUUAACAUGACUUUCUCAAAGGAGAAAAAAAGACAUGAACAUGAAAGAGGAGUGGGACCACUAUUUCAAAAAUGCGGAACAAUUAGGUAGGCUCCCACUCAUGUGCUUUGUCCUAGCCACAAUUUGUAAAGGGUAGUCAGGAAUUGGGGAUAAAAAUUGAUUGUCUCGUGGGAUUUAACUUCUCCCAAAGCAACUCUGAGGCUUUGAGAGACGGUGCACUGGAAGGCUCUGAAUUAAUUUUGACUACCUGGGGCUCACUAAAGUGAACCUAACUCUAAGUACACGAGUGUUCUUGUGUUUCACCCCAGUCAAAUUGCUGGCGUUGUGGCCAGGAAUCGAACCCUCGACCUCGUGACAAGCUGCAGAGUGUAAUAGCCACAGGGCUGAGCAAACAUGGCAGGUGGUGAUAAUAAUCAAAGUGCAUUACACUUGAGAAAGAAGAUGCAGGUUGUGUCACUUCUUUUCCCAUUAAACAAAAAAGAAUUUCCUAAAGGCUCUCUGAUGUGACUUCUUCACACUGCUCUAUUGAAAGACACUAGGCGCCUUUCGCCUGGUAAUACAAAGAGCACUGGAGCAUGGAAAUUAAAACAAUUAGUGGAGUAUAGAAAUCUUGCACUGUGAUGAUGUGUUGAUAUGCUUUGCUCUAUUCUUGGGGAAAUUUAAUAAAAAUGUCUUCAUUUGUUAUUUAGUUCGUUGCUACAGUAAGUCAUGUAGUCACUCUAGCUUGACUCAAUAUUUGCUUUCGUGUCCCUUAAAAGAAAUUAAACUGCGUCUGUUAAGGCUUGCAUGUCUUGUUGAAGAGAAGUGAGAACCAUAUGCCAUGCUGCUUUUGAUAGAGAAAUCAGGGGUAGGAAUCGUGUGCCAAUUGUGCCAAGCAAAUUGCUGUACCAAAUUGUGCAGUAGUGGAAAAAUGACCGAAAUUGCGCCAUGCUGUGCAACUUUUCGCAGCUUUGGGCUUUGGCAGGCAUCAGCAUAAGAUCGCCGGCAUAGUGCAGGGCGUUAUGUCGUUAGUCUCAGAGUGUGCUUAAAAGUAACUUUCUCAUUCUGGCUGUCAGUGGGCACCAACAUCCACAACCAAUUAGGCCCUCUGAAUAAAACUAAAGGUAGCGACAUUCUUUUAUCUUGCCGUCUGAGCCAGCGAGCGAGGGCAAGCUAGGAGGUCUGGGGCUUAUCUGCGAAUCUUUUGUUGGUGGAGCGGAAUCGCAUGGUUGUGCUCGCACUGUUUCCACAGAAAUGCACACAAGUGACUGCAUGCUGCCGGCUGCGCCUUUUGUUUUCUUGUUUUUUGUUUUGACUCAAGCCGGCGCCACGACAGCUGCUCUUGGGUGUGAUGCGCAGCCCCGUGGUCGUGGUGAUAGUAAAUCCUGAUAUCGUGUUGAUUGCAUAGCUGUGCAGCGCAUUUGGCGCAAUAAAAAAAAUGCUAAUUGCAACGGUGCAUGGCAAGGGAAGGUGCUUGUGGCGAGGAGUCUCGAAGAGGGAGAGCUCUAAUUAGGAGGAAUGUUUAUUUGGAGGGCUUACACCCAAUCAUUCAAUGUAAACUCCAGUGUCUAGGUACUUCUAGCGAGUCUAGUGAAUGGCAAAGCAAAGUCAAGUAAUGUGCAGAAUCUUGGUUUGAGAUAGUUGCUGCUGUCACAUUGCCUAGAAAUCUCAGGAUAAACCACUGUGAUGUUCACUAGCCCUUGACUCUUCACAGCUUCUGUUGAAAACAACUUUCAUCACUUUGCUAGCAUUCAAAACAAAAAUAGUAUGAAAAAUGCCUCUAGGCUGCUCUUCAACACUUCUUCAAUGCUGCAGAAUGAAAGGUUUUGCGACUCUUACCCCACUUCAAUAUAGUAACACUCUAAAUUGAAAUUUGCAGGCUCUGGACUGCUCUAAUUAAGAGAUGUGUGUGCUACAGACUGCUCCAAAAUUAGAAGAAGUCACUACAAAAUUACUUUGGGCAUUUUUGGGCCUUCCCACCCCUGAGAAAUGUAUCUCAAUUUUUUCUCCACUGUGUAUUGCUUUUUUCUUUCUUUUAAUGAUAGCUUCUUAUGCUGAAAAGUGUCAUUUGGUAGCUGCACAGGCACUGUUAUGACAGCAUUAGAAAGCUUCCCUUUUAUGUGAUGCUACACUCAAUUCCGUCCGAAAGUACAGCCAUAGCAUAACUGCUCUCCAUUACUUUUAAAAUCUUGUUUGAACAUAGUUACUUCAUUCUGGAAUCAAAAGUGGUCAAAUAAUGACAUAUUCACUGUAGCUUUGUUUAGCAUAAACUGUAGUAUGGGACCAGAUACCAGCAAUGUGAAAGAACAACUGAUGGACUCUAGCAACCACGUUUGAAGUGGUCACCCUCAGCUGAACUUAUUCAAGCCUAGAAUUUCAUGACAAAGCUUGGGAUGGGGGAGUUUCGAGGUUAAGCACCUUAUCUCUACACUUGUGUCAGAUUUUGAUGCAGGUGGCUAAAGGAAAGGCAUGUAUGAUAUGGUACCCCAAUAUUGACAAUGCACUUGAAGUUAAGCAUAAAUGUGAGAAUGUGGCAAUCCUGAAAGUGACUACCUGUCUCUCAUUUUCAUUGUGCUGCCUUGUUAUGGAGCAGCAUAUUGUGUAGCAACCUAUCGAGCCUUGUGGAUUAAGGAAGUAAGACUGCAGAGUAAUGGAGUAAGAUUGCUUAGCAAUGUAAAAAGCUGUGAGGCAAGCAGCCUCUUUGACUACUACUGUCAGUACUGUUGCUUCUGUGAAAAUGGUAAACUUAGUGUUGACUGCACUAUUUUAGGCUGCCCUGGCAUUUGUAAAGUUGUGGGGUUAUAUUUAGCAGCAUGCUUCUGGCGUUCAUAAAAAAUGCUGCAGCUUGCACUGAGUGCAAAAGUGACAUGUCUCAUAUUUCCUCUAUUCAUUGCCCACCACAUUCCAGUGUAUUUUUUACCCCAUUAGUACCUUGACAAGCUGUCUUGCAAGUGCAAGAUGAAGAGAGUUUGUGUGGCACUGACAAGCCCGAGAGAUUGAGUUGCUUGAGCACAAAAUGACCAUUCAGGCAGUGCUGUACGAGCCCAACAAUAGCACUAUUUCUGAAUGUUGUGAAAGUUUGUGGAGAAUGGCUUAUGCUUGGCUUGCGAUUUAUAGAAAUAUGGCAGCUGCAAGAAAGAGUACGUUUCUUGUGUAUUUGUGUACGCUGAAGGCAAAAGGUAAAGUUGAAAUGAGAGUACUGUUCUAAAAUGACAAGUAUGCCAUUGUUGCCAAGAGAACAGGUUCUGCAGACAAGUAAAUAACGGAGACGUAAUAUACUGGUUAUGCUGCCAACUUUAGAAAUGUGGAAAACAAGCUGCUGCUGUAAUUUGCGGUAAUUUGUCUAGAGUGUCCAAUGCUUUAAAGAAGCAAGUUCAUUGCUCUUGAUAGUGAAAUGAAAUGCACUUUAGCUGCUCUUAUUGGAUCUUCACUUGGAAAAAAUGGUACUGCACCAAAAUUCACUUCAAUCACUUUCACUUUCAAUCAUGGCUUAUUAAACCUACAGAAAUAUGAGCUGUCUUCACCUGAUGCAAAGAAGUUAUUUGUGGAGCAAUAUUCUGUGGUACAGUCCAUGCCUAUUGCAACAGAUUCGCGUGUACUUUUGGGUAUAACAAACCGUUCUUGUCUCUUAGUUUGGUCAGCCUAUAAUAAUGCAAGGAAUUCUGCUACUAUGGACAAAUUUUUUUAGAGUAUUUGUAUGCAUGAUGCAUAUACAUCAUUUUGCUGCGGCGAUGCAUCCAUGUAGCAGUGGACUGCACGCAACUAUUUCCGGCUAUUUGUGAUAUGUGCCAAAAUCAAAUUUUUCUUAAGGAAAGCACUAGUGGCAAGAUUCCUGCAACUGCAUGAUGCCCUGCUAAUUAACGUAGUGUAGUCGGGCCAACCAAGCAAGUGGCUCACCGGGGCCCAUUGCUAUGGGCUUGGUGUAGAGCAGGUUCUGCUAGGCCUAACCCACUUCACUUUGAAGCUGUAGCAUAUGGCGCUUUAAGCACUAUCAUGAACUGCAUCAUUUCGAGAAUGCUUCAAUUUCUUAUCGUGUCAAUUUGCAUAUGAAAGAAGAUAUGCUGCUGUUAGCAGCAUGCACAUUCUGUCGCGUGUGAUGCUGUUGAUUGAACGCGCACAUUUCAGCGGCUGCCAAAUGGGGCUCGAAGUUGCAGCCUAUAGCUCUCAUUCAUGCCACAGGUUUGACAUUGGCCAUCGCUUGUCAGAGACGAAAUUAAGACACAAAUUUAUUCUAACCUCUGUUUUAUGUAAGAGAGAGAGAGAGAGAGAGAAAAAACUUAUUGGGUCCAGCGUUUGUGCCAUCGGCAGCAGCAAUGCACUUGGGCCGAAUGGCCAGCACGUGUGAGGGAGCUCGCCGCAACAGCAGAAGUAUUGCUUGAACACAUCUUUUUUUCUUGCCAACAGGAAAAUCUUGCCAUUGUAUGGAAUGGAAAUGCUCUAAUGUGGGAAAUUGCCAUCUAUCAGUAGCCAGCAUCGGGAAAACAGUGGACAUCAAGACACUGUGCCACUGGUCUGCUUGUAUAUCCUGCCACAGCCUCAAUCCACUGAUUUAUUUAGGAUUGCCCCCAGGUUCCAACAAUCAAACAAUAGAGAGCAGUUUAUGUGAAGUUUUGCCAUUUUGCAACAUACUGUGGCCCUAAUUUUGUAUAAAACGGAUUUCAAAUAUAACGGGGCUUUUGCUGGGUUAUUAUGGUCUGUUUUAACAUGCGUCGACUGUAUAAUCAUUUCAACUAACUAUUUUAUCUUCAGCAUCCCCCAUGUAGUCCAAGGUGGUGUAUUCCAUGCAAACGUUUGCAACAUAUUUUGUACUUUGUGAUGUACUGAAAAGUUGUUGGAUAUAGAGAGCAUAUGUAAAAAAAAAAGAACAAAUGGGUGCAAUGUCUAUUUUUGCCUAGUGCCCUUCUGAACAUGCCUGCUUUGCACAGGCACUAACACGAAGUUGUGCUCAAUGAUAAAUGACAGCAGAGUGGGGAUUUUAAGUUUUGCUGUUUAGAGGGGCAAAAUGCAGCAUUUCAGUUUCUGUACUUUCUGAAUAGCAACCUCUAAAUUUUUUAAAAAUGUGUUUAUGCUCUUUGAUUCAGCUGCAAUCUUUUUGGAUGGCAUGUUUAGACUUUUUUCUGUUGAUCGUACAGAGGUUUAUAUGUGUAGUACUCUAUGUGCUGUUUCAAUAAACCAUGUUUUUAUGCGAG